AUGAUUUUCAAAGUUUUGGUGCAAGAAUUAAUUUUUCCACAAAUUUGCAGUCGCGAAUCUUUGGGACAUUUGGAACCCUCGACAACUACAUUUCUCAGUACAUCUUUGGGUUGGCCACAGUUAUCGGAUGGUGUCAAACCUGAAAAUUUGGUACCAACAUUAUCGGAACGCCCGGUAACCCUUGGUGCUAUGUCCGAUGCUGCAGCUGCAACUGCAGCAGCUGCAGUUGCUUACGAUUCACGCAUAAUUAGUGCUACACCUUAUUACAAUGGCGGCUACUCAGGCGCAGGUUACGCUGGAAUGUAUGCUGCAGCAAGUGCUCAACAAAAUUACUACCCCGCGGCGUCAUCGUCUCUACGCGGCUCAGCUGCUGCAGCUGCGGCUGCAACUUCGUUUCCAUUUGCCGCUGCGGCUGCUUCUCAUGCCUAUUACAGUAACAAUUACAACCAAAAUGUACACAAAAUGUGUGGUAGCAAAUUCAUUGAAUUAAUCUUGUUAGGUAACGGCUAUACAUCCACUGCUUUUGACUAUCCACCUUAUCCAGCGGCUAUGCAUUGUUACGGCGGUCGAAGUGGCUACUAUGGGUGUUCCAUCAGUGCAGUCCCUUGCAAUUCAUCUUUUUAUGCAAUGAAUCCGUUAGUAAAUGAUCCAAAUAUGCCUUCUAAUCAGCUAACUUCCUUCAGUGCAAGGCAUGACAUCAAAAAGUCGAGUUGGCAAUGCCAGAGAAAAUUUAAUUUUUGUUUUUUUUCCGAUAAAACAAGCAAACGUAGAAAGAAUCCUACCGGUGCCAAUACUCCAGAAAAAAUUUAUAAACGUGCUUUCAUCUGGGAAAUGGAAGACAUUUGUGUGCUAUCAAAUUUUUUUUUACGGUCUGGUGAUCCAACUUGUACUGAACGUUUAGCACACGCAGUUAAUAGCAACGUGGACCGUUUUAUUUCAUCAGUCUUUGGUAUUGAUCGAAACGUGCAAGAUUGUGAAUAUGUGAACAUCGAAGAUGCUAGCAUAGAUGAUACUCUCGACAGUGUCACUUAUCCGCUGGCUGGAACUGAUUUACCAAGCACGUCUUCUGCGUGUAACACGGGAAGCAUACCAAAUCAAACACGUUUAGGCAUAGAUUGGAUGAGGAAACUCGCUGUCAAAUAUCAACACAUUAAAGAUACUUAUAAUUCACUCAAAAAUGAUUCCGCUGGCCUACUUGAACGGACUGGGGCAGCAGAGCGAGCUGAGUUGUUAGCGUUGAAGGCAACGGUAAAUCCGCUGACGCAAGGUUGGACGGAAAGUGUUAAACGAUGUUUAAACCUUAUCAUUGAAAGAUCGUCUCGAGAGCAUUAUGCAAAUGUAUUGCUAUCAGGAGAGAAUAUCAUUUCAACCUUAGCCAAAUUAUUAAUUAUGGAACAAAGCCCAAUGAUAGCAGCUGAAAAUGUUUACAGUGUGACAAAAGUUGGAAAAGAAGCAGUAAUUGACCGUAUUUUAAGUCAUUUUGGCAAAAAGUGUUCCUUCGUUAUCAUAUCAACCCAUAGAGAUACUCAUGAAAUUGCUAAAAAGGAGAAUAUUCCUUUAUGGAAAGUGAAAGGUGUCCGUGAUCUGGAAUUAUUUCACAUAGCACUCAGCCAUCAUCUUCUCAGUUAA